CAUCGGGCGUACAUUGGUGUGAGUUAUUUGUUCAUUAUCGCAGCUUCAAGUAUUUUUAUGCAAAGCUUCGACAAUUCUGGAGUGGGACGUUUGCACCGGAUAGGACAAAAAAAAGAGAUUCACGAUUAGAGUGCAUCAAAUAAUACAACAAGAAAAAUAUUUCCAACAAGAAACUCUUAUAAAAAGAAUAACACGUUUAACAUAAGCACUUUAAAUCUGAUAAAACCAAAUUUGCCCCGUAAUUGUUGCAAAUUUUGGGAAGAAUUUAAAUAAUUUUGAAUAAUGUUCCGCCCAUUCAUCGCUUGCACUGUCGAGGGCCGGCUGCAAUUGCUUGUCAAAGAGAAACGCCUGCUGCGAUGACGGGAUGUGCGGGCCGUACGUUGGUGUUGGUGUUGAUGUUUACAAACCGCCAGCCGUCAAACUGAGGGGACCGUGGAAGGAGGGAGGCCUGCGCUGUCUUUUGUACGACUUCACCAGCAGCGGCAGGGAGUGGAAUUAAUUUAUGGAGCUGUCCUCACUGAUACGGCACUUACUUUGUGGGAUGUGUUCAGUGUAAAUACGAAGGAUUUAGGAGGGGUGAAGUGACCACCAACACCAGCCCCGUCGUCGCCCUGUCGCGCAGCCGGAUGUGGCCGAACAUUCGGAACAGAGUUUGAUAAGAAGAAUUAAGGGCCCUCUCUCUCUGUUUUCUCGCUCGUUUUCGUUGUGGCAAUUGCUCGCGAUAGCACGCACGGUCCUCUCCACUAGUUCCCAGUCGUUCCGGAUGCAAUAGAUCACCACGAUGGAUGAUAUAGACAAUAUUGUUCUGCACUCGUUGCGUCAAAUCGAUUGCGAUCUGGACGAAGACAUACAGGGUUUGGAGCAGUUUACGCCCGCCGUGCUGGUGCGCACCGUUUCGAAAUGUUUGCUGCUGAUCGAUCCGUCCCUGGACCUCCCGCAAACGCUGCCGCCCGGGAUGGCGCAACGGUUCACCGUCACUGCCCGGCUAGCGGAAGCCUGCACGGCCGUCGGUUACCGGCGCGACAUCGGCUACCAGACGUUCCUGUACUCGAACGUGGCCGAGGUGCGGCGCGUGUUUAUGUUUCUCAUCGAGCAGCUGCCCAAAGACUCGACCGAUGCGGCCGACCCGGAAGCACCGCUCGAUCGGGUGACGGAUCUGGAGAACCGGAUACUGGACAGUAUGCGGCAGCAGCUGCGCGGACGGAAGGAUCCGGCCACGCCGCUCGAUCUUCGGAACGCGACGCUGGGCUGGGCGGGAAGCCGCUCCCGUGCCAACAUUCCGUUUGUAACGCAAAGUGACGUCACGGCUGAAAUUAAGCAAUACUGGCUACGCCGGAGCGGGUUUUGGGAGGAGGAAAAGGAUGAAGUGGAUCGGCGGGCGCCGGACGUUGCCGCCAGCACGGACGAUUCCAUCCUAAAGCUGCAAGCUUACUACGCGCAAAACAAAGCCCAGUGUCCGCUAGCGGAAGAGCUUGAGGAGGCUGCCGAAACGCCCGAUCGCUUAGGACAGCUGGAUGCGCUCGAGCAAGAAAUUGCCGCCAUUGAAACGGCCAUCUCCGAGUCACGGCGCGAGCAGCGCGAACUUCACGCGAAACGCCGAACAGUGGCGGAAAGCGCGCAAGCGGUGGAAAGUGUGGUUGAAAAGCUAAAGGAGGAGAAAAAGAUUAAGGAACGCACGCACAUCCUGCUGGAAAACCCGGAGGUGAACGUGGCCAAGCUCGAGUCGAUCAUUGCCGCGGCCGGCGAGAAGAUGAAGAAGCUGCAAAGCCAGUGGGAAGCGCAUCGGUCCCCGCUGGUCGCGACGCUGGAGGAACAUCAAGCCAAAAAUUCGGACCAAGUUAGCAAAUCUCAAAAGGUGCUUGAUCAGAUCGAGUCCGCCCGGCACAAAUCGGAGGAGGUGAUCGUCGACCUGCAGACGAAGAGCGCCCUGCACGCCCGGCUGGUACAGGAGUACGAGCGGAUGGGCCGCACCGUGAGCCGCACGGCGUACACGAGCCGCAUCCUGGAGAUAAUCGGCAACAUCCGCAAGCAGAAGACGGACAUCGACAAGAUACUGCACGAUACGCGCAGCCUGCAGAAGGAAAUCAACUCCAUCACGGGCCAGCUCGACCGGCAGUUUACCGUGACGGAUGAUUUGAUCUUUCGCAAUGCGAAGCGCGACGAGUACUGCAAGCGGGCGUACAUUCUGCUCGUCGCCCUGCACACCGAGUGCAGCGAGCUGACGGCCCUGGUGCAGGAAACGGGCACGGUGAAGCGUGAGGUGCGUGAGCUGGAAGAUCAGAUCGAGAACGAGAAGGAUCGCAACGUGGUGACGAAUCUGGCCCAGAUCGGGCAGGAUUUGGAGGAGAUGCAGCGGGAAAGCCGUCGGCUGGAGGAAGCCAUCCAGCAGCUGGAACUGUCCACCGGGCGGAAUGGGACGAAGUAAAAAGGGGGGAGAAAGUAGUUGGACAGAAGCAACAAACACGGCUUUUUGAUGGCAUUGCGCGGGCACGGCAACGUAGGGAAAAUAAAAUGUGAUAUAUUCCUCGUGACAAAUGGACCUAAAACACACACACACAGAUUACACCCGAAAACAACAACCGGUCACACGGAACAAUUUUCACUUCACAGAACACACCAACGAAAAAACACGCUCAUGUGGCAAAUUGUUUGGGGGAUGUUUGGCGCCAGCUGAUGCCUAUUUAUUCAACAUGUUGGUGCACAAACAUUGCGGUAGUAAUAUUGAAAAUGCACCAAACUCGUCACAAACAGUCGCGGAUGGAUGGAAAGGACAAUUUUGCCUUUCAUUUCCACCGUUCCUGCGCGCGCCCGAA